UUCUGAAAUGUUCCGUCUUCUUUCCUGCAAAUCACUGAUAAUUUUUCAAAAUAUCCACAAUCUUAUUAAAUAUAUGGGGACCAAGAAUAUAUAUUCCUCGUUUCCACUAUAUUUAACUAUAUUUUUCCCUAUUCCGUUUGUCCAUUUCACACGUUUUCUUAGACUACCAUUUUUGUUUGCAUUUGUAUUUGUGUUAGCCCACACUCCGCUACUGUCGGCAUAUACGCCAACGCGAAUGCGCUGCCGACGUCACAAUACUAUUGCAAUUGACUUGCUGGCAUAUCGCAGUGAGACACUGUCGCUGCAGCGAGGGCGGCCUCAAUUUCUCAUUUUAGUUUCCUUCAUGUCAUUCAAGCAAAUUAUCUCACUUUAUUCACAACCUUAUUCUACCACUACCACACACUUUAGCACUAAAUAUUUUAUAAAGUACAUAAUUCUCUCCGUAAAUGUUUUAUCCUAAAAGUUUUACUUUAUUAUACCCUAAAUUUCAUUCGCACACCGCUUAAUAUGGUUGAACGUACCGAUUCUUAGACGACCAAGUGUUAAAUGAUGUAGUGAUGUCGUGUUAAUUUUUGACUUUCUAGAUUUCUUUCACAUUCUUUUCGUACGCAGGGUUGCAUUUAUGAACAGGAAGUACAAUAAAGAAACUCUACAAAUUUCAUUCAUUAACCCGACGACGACCACUGGUUGCGAAAUAAAUUUAUAAUCAAUAGCAGGACGCCUAACGAACGGCAAUUAAGAUUCAUGAAAAUUAUAAUUUCAAGGCUACGCUUAAACAAAAACAAAAUACAAUAAAAGAAUUAGCAAGAAGCCAACACUCACAUUUGAGUUCAUUAGCAAUAUGAACGACGUUCACAAGAAUUUAGGGUAGUUUUGUCAAUUUGUCCAUAAGUGACACUUAGAAACUUUAACAGAAAUCUCUGAUACUGUUCUCUGGUAGUUCACCUAUGAUUUUAACUAGCUGACUAACAGACUUUAAUCUGUCCAAAGGCAUUAUCUUUUUGCACCCUCUGCCUUUUAUUAUUUUACUUAACAACAAUGUAAAACAAAACUUGGUAGCAUUGACGAAAACGGCGAUGGCAAUUUAAAUAUUGACCAGAGAAAUGGCCAAUCAGAGGCAACUAUUAUAUCCGCCUCAUUGUUAUUUCAACUACAACAAUUAAAUAAAGAUAAAGCACAAUCCGUUCGUGUCUAGGGACCAAAGUAAAUCUUCGCAUGCAGUAUUGAUCUAAAAUUGAACGUCAUAUAUUAUUGCAUAGUAGUAACUAUUGAGGCGUAACACAUGCAAAAACUAUAUUUUUCAAAGACAUAUAUAAUUCCACUUCAUGUUUUUCAAGUAUUCGAAUUAGUAGCUUAUAAUAUUUUGCACAAUCUAGCAAGAAGCAAUUGUAAGUAGGAUGAAUAAUUUUAAUUUAUUCGUACUUGUGAAUAUUUUCAUAACGGCCAAAUUAUUUAUUGUAAUUGGACAAUUCAACAUGAGUAUUUACAGGAAAAUGCCCUCUCUUUAUCAGUUUGAUGAUUAUGAUCAUUGUCUCCAAUCUGACAAUGCGAUAUCCAAUAUUAGAGGCACUUAUUGUGUUGUUUAUGCUGAAAUAGUAGAAGACGAAACUUCAAGUCUGUGGAACGAAAUCGCAAAGUUCUCGGCAGACAACAGGCAUCAUUUCAGACAUGAUCGACUAUUUUUUGGAGUUUGCUUAGAACGUUGCAAACAAUUAUUACAAACUGGGGUAAAAUUUUCUCAGCAGAAAGUAGGCAAAAAUAACACUAUUCACGAUACUGAGCUGAUUGAAUAUUAUUUUAACGUUCAUAAACGAGAAACGGACAAUCGUAUUUUGUAUGGUGAACUAGUUAGUCAUUGUAUUAAUUACGAUUUUCACAAAAAUUUUGGAUUAGGAUUGCGUACAAGCAUCGAAUAUUGCGAAGAAGCGAAUGUGUCCUUGGAAUAUGAUUCCUUAGAUGUUGCCGUUUAUGUAAUUCUUGCCAUCAUAGCUUUGACCUCGAUCUUUUCUACUAUAUAUGACUAUCGUUUAAAGACGAAACAAACUUUAAGCAGUCAAAAUAACGGAUUUUAUAAAGUUCCACUUGAAAGUGCAGAACAGCAACUAUGGGUUUCAUAUUCAAUCUGUCGCAACUUUUAUCAAAUUCAUGAUUUGUUAGAAAGUCAAAGACAAACAUCAAAGGACCUACGGUUUUUCGAUGGCCUACGAGUAAUUGGAGUAUUUUUGGUGUUAUUUGCACAUUCCCUGAUACUUUUCAUGGCUAUACAAGUUGAAAAUCCGGAAUUUUAUGAAACUUUUUUUUAUCGACCUGAAACGGCUAUCAUUGAAAAUGGUGCAGCAAUAAUUCAAAUAUUUUUUGUUAUGAGCGGUUUUUUACUUUAUGUAAAUUUCAACGAAAGAAAUUUUGUUACAACCAAUACUAGCAUUGUGGAUUGUAUUAUCACAUAUUUUAAAAUAUUCUUUCACCGAUAUUUAAGGCUUCUACCGUCUCUUAUAAUGUUGGUUCUUUUCAAUUCAACCAUACUGGUGCGAUUACAAAAUGGGCCAUUCUGGAGGCAUUAUGUAGAAGCGGAACGAGUAUUUUGCCGCGAGUUGUGGUGGCAGAACCUACUUUUUGUGAAUAAUUAUCUUCUGAAAGAGAGUUGCUCACAUCAGACAUGGUACCUUGCUGCCGAUAUGCAACUUUUUGAAUUAUUUCUUAUAAUAUUAAUCAUUAUAAACAAAUUUCCAAAACUGCGUUUAAUUAUAUAUUCCAUUCUUUUAGUGUUAUCGUUUUCGGUAACCGGAUUUAUUACAUACUUUUUGAAACUUAAGCCAAUAUACCAUACUAAUCCAGAGAACUACCGUUAUAUGUUUUUUCGUAAUGCAGAAACUUUUUUUAAAGCAUAUACACCCUUCUAUACAAAUAUUGGCGGUUACUUCUUUGGCAUCAUUUCUGCUGAAUUUUACUUGAAAUUUCGAAACAAAUCUAAGCAAUACUGUGGUUUACUCAAAUAUGAACUAAGUUGGUGGCUAAUAUUUCCCAUCGCUUUUGGUUUACUUUUUGCCGGUGCGUUUGUUAUGUCGUUUGAAAUUCACGAGCCCUCCAUCUGGAUAGCUUUAUUUGCAAAUUUAUAUCGGAAUAUGUGGGCUCUAAUAUGCUGCACAGCAAUACUAGGCAUGUGCUUGAAAUUGGGAUGGAUCGCAUACGAGUUUUGCAGUUUACCAUUUCUCCGGAUUUUGUCCAAGUUAUCAUAUCAAGCAUUUCUUUGGCACCUGGUUGUUCUACGCCUAAUUGGAGGUUUUUAUAGACAACCAAUUUAUAUUAAUCGUUUUUAUCUGAUCUGCCAGAUUAUAGUUGCGUUUGUAAUGACACAAAUCGUAGCCUUUGUUUUUGCAUUAUUUCUUGAAUACCCAAUUGCAUCUAUUAUUAAAUAUUUAUUACCUUAUUACAAAGACGAAAGGAAGCAAAGCAAGAGGGAUGUUCACGACUUAAACCAAGUGGUCGUUACGUAGAAAUUAAUACGAUGUUAUAUAUAUACAUAUAUUAUACAUGUAUGUCUAUUUGAUACAAAUUUACUAAAGAAUAAGUCGCUUUCUUGUGAAAUCAAUGAUAGAACUACAAUAAAAAAACAAUAGUUUUUUAAGUACGUAAAUGUAAAGCGUUCCGAAUUCCUUAUUAUCAACAUCAAUUAUUGCCUAAUUAGUUUAGAUUCAAUGUACUUCCUUCAACCUACUCAAAUUAAAUAAUUUUCUAUUCUUGUAAUAAAUUAACUAUUAUAGAUAGAAACUGAUUAAAAAUAUAAAACCUUACAAAAAUGUUUAAAAUGUCAAGCCAAUCAAAAAACCAUACCAGUAAUUCAAACAAACCGGUGCAAUAAAACAUUUAAGGGUGACCCUCAGUUUGGAACGGCGUUCAUGCCUACGUUUUCUAUAAAUAAUUAUUUUUUAUUUCAAGUUAUAAUCAAUAAAAAAAUGUAUUUUAGUUUUUAACAGCAAUUUAUGGUUUCAGCCAUUCACUAUGAUAAAACUGGUCUAAAAUGUGUAAAACAAAUACGACACACAUAUUAUGUAGUUUCAGCAUAAAUAUUACCAACACGAAUGCAACUGUGAAUGUUAGAAUGUCAACAAAAGAGAAAUCAGUACUACAUUUGUUCAUCAUUCUUGGAUUGAAUAAUAUAUUAUAUAUAUAUUCACACCAAAAUGUCCGAAAAGAAGUGGGCAGAGAAUGUAAACAUUUGUAAGUAAAUAAGUAAACUUCUUUGUGAACUUCAUAUCAACUUGUGUUAUUAGGCUGUGACUAAUUACAAUAAAAUAUUAAGGUUUUUCAAAGAGUAUAGUCAAUCGGAUAGGCAUGUCUUUUCGUCAUUUGAGGGAAACUUUCGGAUUUGCUAAGCGUUGGAGAGAAGCCAAUCGAACAAACUAUCCAGAUGUUCAAACAAACGGGUUCUCUGCCACAUUCGCUACUUUCUUUGGUGGAGAAAUACUUAAAUUUUAAAUCAAAAUUUUUUUACCACUUAUGUUUUCUUGAACAAUUAUAAUUUAUUGUUAAGUUAGAAACAUUAAAAAAAAAUGACUUUUUUGCAAAAAAAUGUCCUUGUAACCGUUGUGAAUGGUUUAAAUGAAUAAAACAAAACUGGGUAGCAUUGACGCAAGCGGC